UGUGGUUGGAUUCCCUUUAUUUCAGUAAUCAUUAUUUACGAUGUCGAGAAAGCUGCAGAGAACAUCCAACACUUGAUCAAAUGGAUCAUAGACCGUUAUUCAGAUAUAUGCAAAUUAGUUCUCUGCUGUGAAGAUGAUGAAAACAUUAUUGCACAAGUGAAAAACCGGUUCAAAGUUAUCAAUGUUGAUGCUCCUCAAACUCAUGAAAUUAUUGAGGUUCUUACUCAGAUAGCAAAUAAAGAGGAAAUGGAUCUAUCCAUGAAUUUUGCUAUGAAGAUUGCCACAAAAUCUAAGCAGAACCUCAGGGAAGCAAUCUUAGCUCUUGAAGCAUGCAGAGCACACAACUAUCCAUUUUCAGAAGAACAACCAAUUCCAGUCGGAUGGGAGAAGAUUGUAAUAGAAGUUGCUACAGAGAUCCUAACGGAUCCAUCAUUUUCACGCUUACUCUCAAUACGAGGGAAAUUUCAAAUGCUUCUCCUGGAUUUUGUCCACCCCAGAUUGAUUCUCCUGAAACUUGUGGAGCAGCUCAUAAGAAGAAUUGAGGCUGGCUUAAAAAGGGAGCUCUACUACUGGCAUGCUUAUUAUGACAGAAGACUCCCACCAGGAACAACAGCUUUACUAAAAUUAGAAGAAUUUGUAGCCAAGUUCAUGAGCAUAUACAGAAGAAGCUCGGGCAGUAGGCAAUAUGUUUAGAUUAACAUGGAUGUCACUAUAGAAUGAAUUCCUACUCAAACAGAGUUAAUAGUGUCCAUAUCAUGUGAGCAACACCAAUUAAUUAUUCAGUAAAAGAACAUGAUUCCA